AUCGGCAUCCAUAGUUUAACAUCCACCAUGGACAUGAUAAGCAUCUCUCACCAAGGAGAAUCCAGUCGCUCCAAUUACCAGAAGCCGAUAUGGGAGUUCACGAAGGAGGAACUCCACUUCAGGAUCAACGAGCAGGUAACGAAAUAUUCCGAAGAAGCCAAAAAGUUGAAAGAAAAAGCCUACCUUGGAAGCACUAGCUGCAUCUACAGAGUCCUCCCGAGGCAUAAGAAAAUCAAUGGUAACUCGUUAUACGAGCCCGACAUGGUCUCCAUCGGGCCCUACUACUACAACCUCCGUAAUGAAAAGUUCAAGAUGGCCGAAGAUUGCAAGAGGAAGUGCUUCGGCUCCAUGCUGGUUAAGGCAGCAAGUGACUACAUCCAAGUUGACAUCUAUGAGAGCUGCUUGGAAAGAAUAAGCGAACUUGAAGAGGACAUCAGAAAUUGUUAUUCUGAAGAGUUCGAAGUCGCCGGUAUUGAAUUUCUCGAAAUGAUGAUUGUUGAUGCUUGUUUUAUAAUAGAAAUCAUUGAUAUGUUUGGACCGAGGAAAGAAGUGGACUCCAGCGAAUCUCUUGCAGCCUUGUCGUGGAUGGUACCGUAUUUCUACAGGGACUUUCUCCUGCUUGAGAAUCAGAUCCCUUUAUUCGUUCUGGAAGAGAUAUAUGCGAUUACCCGUAAAAUAUUUCCUGUCAUGAGCUGUAGAUCCCAUCUAAUAUAUGCUGCUUUGGAAUUCUUUAAGAACGGAAUGAAAAGAUUCGAUUUAGACAUUUUCGAUUUCACUUUAAUGAACGUGAGGGAAACGAAUGAUGAUGAUCAGUGCCCGCCGCCCUUGCAUUUGCUGGACUUGGUUCGGAGUAGUUUAAUGCCAUUCUAUAAGCAACAGGGACCAGAAUUCCCUACAGAGACUACAUUCAUUCACUGCGUCUCGAAGCUCCGGCUAGCGGGGAUUAAGGUCAGUCCAGUCAAAGCGCACAGCUUCCUAGAAGUGAAAUUCAAGAAAGGUGUGAUUGAGAUGCCAAACAUAGCCAUCAACGACUUGAUGAGAUGUCUGUUGCUGAACUGUGUGGCAUUCGAGCAGUGCCACAAGAGAAGCAAGAAGUACUUCACAGUUUACGCUACUUUUUUGGACUGCCUGGUGAACACCAGCGAGGACAUUGAGUACCUUCGCGAGCGCAAUGUCAUUGACAAUUACUUUGGGGACGACUCCGAGGCUGCGGACUUCAUCAACCGUGCGGGCAAGGAUUUGGUACUCAAUGCUGAUAAAGGCUUCUAUUUGGGGAAAUUGUUCAAGGAUGUGGACAAGCAUUAUCAGAAUAGGUGGGAGUGGAAGUGGGCGAGCUUCAAGGGGGAGUAUUUUGACAAGCCAUGGUUGCUUCUGUCGGCAGCGGGUGGGAUUUUGCUCGUACUGGCUACGUCAUUCCAGGCCGUAAUGGCCUUCUUAACUUACAAGUAUAAAAAUUGCUAGCCUAGCUGCCGAUUGGGUAAUUAAUUAGGAUAUCAUGGUUUUAGAAAGUUUGGUCAUCAAUCGCUACUUUUAGCGAUAUGAUAUUAUCAGUCGACUUUGCUGGUUUGAUGGUGUGUUUAGCAUGUAUUAAUUAUUUUUUAUAUGAAAUUAUUAUUUAGUUUUUC